CAGAAAGGUGGGUUUGACGUAUCGUAAAAAAUUAUGAUUUCAGUUAAUCAAGUCGAUCUUUAUGUAUUUCUUUAAGUAAAUUUUUUGUCAACCAAAAGGCUAAACAUUUUCAUAAUUAUAUGUAAACAUACAUAGAAAAUAACGUAAGAAAACAAAUGAGAAGGCUACAGGAACCCAGCUAUUUAUUAAAGUAAACAGCUCCUGGUUUUAAUGAGAGAAAUGAACUAAAUUUAUUAUCAGAGAAAGAUAAGUUAUUCAAGCAGUAAAAGGUUAUUAUAACUCAAAAUAAGGCAACAAUGUCAGUCAAGAAUCGAACGCGGUGAACCUUCACCAAUGGAAAAAUGAGAAAGCAACUUUAUUUUUUACAAAUCAAUGAGGAACUUAGGAAGUUUGGCAAAGUACAUGAAGCUCAAAAAGGAGGAAAAAAUUUGAUAUUUAUAUAUUAUAAACAAUAUGAAGAAGCUAGGGCUUGCUUAGAUGCAUUAUCUUCUGACCCUGAUUUCAAUGCAAAGCCGGCUAAACCCAGAGAAACUUCCCGGGCUGUUGUUUCCUAUGGUGCGAGAGAGAGAGCUAAAUCAGUGGGGGAGAGAGUUAGAAAUAAAUUUGAACCGUAUCAUGAAAGUAAAAGAAUUAGUGAUAAAACAGAGAGAGAUGUGUUCUCCAAAGAGGAGGAAGAACACCCAUUGAGGAAACGAUCCAUGUCAAUAACUAACAUAAGUGUUGAAAAGGUUGAUAAUUCCACAGUAACUGACAAAUCUGAUGUAAAAGAAAAUACAGAAACAAAGAAUGAUAAUAUCGAAGAACCAAAGUCUACUGAACAAACCAUAACAAUGGAAUUUAAACAAAAAAUUCCAUUUCGUCCAAGAUCUAAAUCAGUUGGCAGGUUGAAUGUAGAAGAUGAAGCUAAAAGAGCAGAACUAAUAAAGAAAGUAAUCAAAUCUGAAAAUAAUGAAGGUGGAUCUCUUGAUUCAUUAUUUGAAAAAGAAAUUGUAGAUAAACCAAAAGAGGAAAACGAUCAAUAUAGUACUCCAUUUUCUCAAUUAAAAAGGUCAAAAUCUUUUCAUGAAAAUUUGGCCAAUUGUGAUUAUAAUGGAUUGGAGAAUGACAGAAGAAAAUCAAAUCUUUGGUUAACACCCAAACCGAGUUUUUACAAACCCAGAUAUGAUAAACCUGUUGUAAAAAGAGAGUUUAACGAACCAUAUCUUCUGCCUGCUAUGACUAUUUAUGAGCAUUAUGUUAUUGCUAGGCAACCUAAGAAAUUUUCCCAAAUUGUUGUUGUCACUGGCCUUCCACUUUAUAUAACUGAAGAAUAUUUGUGUGACUUGUGUGCAAAAUUUGCUAGAGUUCUCCGAAUAAGGCUAAUAGAAACCAGAAAAAUACAAGAGUGUCAUGCAUAUGUUUAUGUGAAGUCUAAAAAAGAUGCAAUUAAUUUAAAAAGAAACAUCGAUAGAAAAAUUUUAUUUUGUCAUAUUGUUGAAGUUAUCAUAUUAUCUGAUAUAAGCAAUUUACUUCCUUUUAGAAAAUAUUAGACUUAUGCUUCAUGUUAUUUCAGUAAAUAAUUAUUUAUUUUUCAUAUAAUUUUUUUUUUCCUUUAUAGUUAUUUAAUAUUUUCACAUUUAAGAAGAACUGAUCAUAAGGUUCUACUUCUGAUUCAUUAAUUAGUGCCUA